CACACACACACACACACACACACACAACCGCGGCACCACCCAAAGGACUCAGUGGAAGUCUUCUUCAAGGCUCAACAGCUGUAGAGGAAGUGUUCAACGCAGUUCCCUUGAUACUUUCUUGCCCUCGGACAGAUAGACCUACAUUCAUGCUCUGUCUCACACACAAAGAGGAUAAUGAAGGCAUCACUUUACAACCCACAGCAUUUUGUGUUUUCCCUCAGGAAUUCCCUCCUCCUGGCCCUGGUGACAAUAACAUGGCACAUUUCCGUCACAGAGUGUGUUGAUCUACAUCUCAGUGGGGAGGUUGGUGGAAAUGUGACCAUACGCUGCCCCUUUGACAAAGAUAGGAAAAUACUUUUUUUCUACUUCCAAAAGGGCGACGCGUUUGUGAAUGGCUACUAUGAAGACAGACAUAUGGACCACAAAAAAGUCCCGAAAUGGAAUAACACCAGAUUUGAUAGAGCCAAUAAUACUGUGUACAUGUACAAUUUGACUGUCGCACAUAGUGGUGAAUAUCAGUGCCACAUCAAGUACAGUGGAGGCGAUUUGAAGGGAAAAAAAAUACAACUCACUGUCACAGCAAACUACAGUAAACCUGAAGUCAAACAGUACUGUAGUAAUGAAAACCAGAUAUUUGGUUGCCGGGUGAUGUGUGCUUCACAUGCUGGCUACCCUGACAAGGACAUUGUUUGGAACGUACACGGGGCUCAGAUUUGGAAUGUUGUGAACACCAGUAAAACGACAGAUCCCCACACCAUGAUGUUCAGCGUCUACAGCUUGGCAUACUACAACUGCUCCAAUGGACCGCUGGAGGCCCUCAGCUGCUCCGUUGGUGCCGUAACCUCAGAGAUGUUCUCAUUAUGUACUCAACUCAAGGAUCCAUCUGAAGGUGGCUGGCCCUAUAUGAAAGAAGUAGCAGCCAUCUUGGCAGUGGCGUUCUUAAUGGUGACGUUGCUGGUGUGGUGGAAAUGCAGGAAAAGACAGAGAGUUUCUAUGUUGGUUUCCAGGAGCAGCAGCAGCAGCAGCAGCAGCAGCACCAGGAGAUGUGAGGGAGAGAGUAGCCUUAAAUGCAACACAAGGAGAGGACGGAGCUUCUUGUUGAAGAGGAUUAUUCAAGUUGUAUUUGGAUAAUCUACUCCCAUGGUUGUUCUAUAAAAAUAGAACUAAUACUGUAUGUCCCUCAAGUGUAUAAUACAUUUGUGACUGACUGACUUCAUACAUAUCAGAAAUGGCCAUGGCCAGAUGGAGUCAGUGACUGACUUGGGACCGGAAACUGUCAACAUUUCUCUGACACUUGUGACUUGUUUGAGGAAGUAUUCUACAUUAGUAUCAUGUUACUGGUGAAGUACAGCGUGUCGAUCUACUGAGAAUUGCCUACUUCUUUAAAAAAAAAUUACUUUUCCAGCGGUCCAAUGGUUAGUGGGGACAUUGUUAUUGCCUAUACUGGAAAACAGUCUCAAUGGAAAACAAUUUCCUGCGAGCAGUGAAGUCAAAGUCUGAUGAAAUAUAUGUUUUUGUUUUGUUUUAUUGUUGACACUGACCUUUGUGGGGAGAACUGGGAUCUGUUACACUUGCUACAAGUUUCAGUUUUGGAGUUUUGUCAUUUUAAAAUACAGUUUACUGUUGUUAUUGCACUUUAGAAUUCCCCUUAAAUAGGCAUAUUGCCCCAUCUACAACAUCCUGUUUUCUUUAGUGUUUGGCUUUGUAAUAUAUUUUAUUUAAUACACAUAAUAGAACAGUCAGUGAUAGUUUGAAAGUGAUCAAAAGUCACUUUAGUUGCCUCAUUGGUUCCCAGGGUUUUACUCUUUAAUUAGUUUUGUCUAUCAGAAAUUAUCUGUAGCAGAAGCUGUGAAAAAUAUUGAAUCCUAUUUGCACAUAAAUUGGUUCACUGAAGUCUUCCACAAUAGGUGCCAGUAUUCCAAGAUUCCCCUGUAAGGUGCAAUAUUGAAUACAAGGGGAAAGGGGGGUUUCUUUUUUGGUUGAAUCGCCGUUACCCCCUUGAUUCAAAUUUUAGUCUUUAGUCUUCACAACUCCAUUUUUUACUCAGGUGACUGUUCUCAUGUGAAAUAUCCAUGUUGUGUGUUUUGCAAAUAUUAUUUUGUUACAUAUUUAUUUCAUAUUAUUUUAUGUUUUUCUUACUCAAUAUGAAACUGUAAACCGUUCAACCCGUUUACAAUAUUUUCUGGAUAACAAACCUUCAUUAUUCCUCAUUCUUUAGAAUUAACAAUCUCAAAGGGCUGCUUUCAUUUCCUAAAUUUGUACAAAACACUCUCAUAUGACUUCGUCUUGUUUGUUUGUCAUUUCACAUAACCCUGUAUGUCUAAUUUUUCUUUGGGACCAAACUAUGUUAUCACUUAAAUUUAUAUUGUGUCGUGGGACUUUUCACUCACUUCACUAUAUGUCAGAAUAUGCUAUUUGAACGGCUGUAAGAGAUUGUAUUUAAGAGGCCUGACUGAAUUUUUUGUUGCAAUGCAGUUUUAUUGCCACUAGAUGUCGUACUAGCACCACAGAGUCAAGACAAACCUGCUGUCAUGGCUGAUUGUUGGUGUUGUGUAUACUAUAACAUUAGUGCAACAUCCAUGAGCCUGAUCACAUUUGUCAGCUGGCCUGCAAAAGGCCAAAAACGUAAUUUCCGCUUGCCAGACAAAUGAAACAGUGUUUAUGCAUUCAGCACUUGAUGUAUGAUCAGAGCGAUGUGAACACUUUUAAACAGGGAUACAUGAUGCGUCUCUGGCCUCAGUAUAUGCUCACCACAUGGCAGGAGAAGGAUGGCUAGCCCUGGUAUAUUGAAGGAAAAGAAAGGGGUAAAAAGAGCAAGGAAGAGAAAAGGAUUGUAGACUAGAUGUGAGAUGACAUCGAAAGACGGCCAAAACAAGAUGCAAGGCCAUUUGUUCACAGGAACCUACUGAAUCUGUGAGAGAGGAGACAACAGGAUGUCCUGUCUAGGAUACUGUUAACAUUAUAGAUGUACACAUCACGGCUAACUGUCUGUCUGUAUAUGUAUCUCUGUCUUAAACUAUUUCCACCACUUUUUUAUAUCCCUCUUGCUCCCCAUUUUCUAUUUCCUUCUUCACAUAUUUUAUUCUUUCAAAUCCCACCUCCACGUCUAUUCCUCACUUGCUUUCUCUCUGCCUCAUGAGUCACUGUGACAGGCUGUCAGUCCACCUCUCGGCCCUGUGUUUACAUUGGGCAGCAGAGCAGCACCAGGCUGGUUGCACUUGAGGAAUGUAACCCCCAAGGUCCUUGCUCUCCUCCUCCUCCUCCUCCUCAUUUCCCUUCUCCUCACCUCUUUUUCUUUCCUUCCUUCAUUCUUUUAUUCCCUCGUCGCACAGAUUCACUGUUUCCCCUUCUCCUCACUUUCCUUCUGUUCCUUCUUCUGUCAUCUCUCUUCUGCUCCUCUCCUCCCUCUAAUUAUCCUCCCCUCGGCCCCAUCAAACCCACCCACACCACAAACUCCCCUUCUCUCCUUCUGCCACCUUUCUCUCCUCUUUUCUUACCCACCCUUACUCCUCUCUCUCCAUUCCCCUUCUCCGCUUCCCUUUUUCUAUCCCCUCUUUAAAAUUCAGAAAGCAUUGUCCAGACUCACUCACACCCCGCCACCCCAUUCUCCUGUCAUCAUCCCCUCACCUCCCACUUCUCCCCAUCUUUCUGUCCUCCCUCCCUCAUUCCUCUGCUGUCUAACCCAAACAAACCAGGGAGGACUUUCCUCUGUGGUGGCUGUAGAAGAAACACACCACAUGUCAGACUUGGUUUAAACAUAAACAUUAGUCAAUUUGAGGUACUGGAAAAGGAUAUGAGGCGCUUAAGUUCAACAUGAGAUAGAGCUUCUAUUAUGAAAUCCUAAUGCUAAAACUCACCACAGGGUUUAAAAUCAGAGCAGAGAACAGUAUAUUUUGGUGUAUAUUGGCAAAAGUAUUUUCUUUGGAAUUGGCAACUGUACAUAAGAAAUACUAAAACCAAUAUUUUUUUUUCUGAUGGUUUAUUAGUAACCUUUUACAAUGAGGAGCACCUUGGAUUUCAUUUCUUUUAUUUGUAUUCAUCAUUUGUAUUAUGUCAUUACAGUAAUAUCAUUGAUAAUGUAUAAUGACUUUAUAUAUGAAUAAAAUUCAUUGUGAGAUUGAAAAUAAACCUUUAAAAGGACAGAAA